UCUGCCACCCUCCCUAAUUGCUUCAAUUUCUGCUGAGCGGGACGGCCAGUUUGAUGAAUCCAGCUCCGAUCCGCGAUCAGACCAGUAUAUAAUAUCCGGGCACCAUCGUCCAAACCAACCAUCCCGCCCGCCCAGUCGGCACUUUGACAUUCUCAUCUGCCACUCUCGGGACCGGCACUUAAAAGACGACAGACACCAUGGGCCACGACGACGCCACGGGCGGCCCAGGGCCCCAAGGGUCGACGAAGCGGUGGGUGCUUGAUUCGCGCGGCAUAGGCAGCUUCAACACGUUCAAGCUGGUCGGCGUCAAGGGCGGAGAUCACCCGUGGUCGUGCGUGACGCGCCAUCACUGGGAGUGGCUUCACUUCCCCCGGCGGCGCAUGGAGAUGUUCUCCAAGGGGCACAAGUCGGGGUCGGAGCGGGUGGCGACCAUCCGCCGAGCGCGGGGGCUCGGCAACUGGUGCCUCGUCAUGACCGGCCUCGGCGCGUUCGCCACCGACCGCCGGUUCAAGAUCGUGCUGCUCCCGUACGGCAAGGAGCGCAAGCGAGACGAGGUGACCAUCAUCAUGCAGACCCAGAAACGAGACUUCUGGAAGGCGGCUUUCAGUUUCGGCGUCCACCUAUACCACUUCGAGAUGAAUAUCGGCAAAGGGGGGACGCCGCAAAAGUUUGAGUGGCGCGAGCAGAAUGCCUUCCGCGGCGACGCUCACGAGGAGCUAUACGCCACGCAGGACGUCCGUCAUCCGGUGGUCUCGUCGGGUGGAAAGAAGAAACAUCUCAACAGGAUGGACGCCUUGCGCAAGACGACCGGCUGGGUGCUGGUCCGCAUCCGCGGGCAUUCUGCCACUGGCCCCACCAAUAACAUCGUCGGGUGGACUGACGACAAAGCCGAGAUCGUCGCCACCUUCUGCCAGCCCGUCUCGUGGAUCCCCUUCAAGGACGCGCUCCGCCGCGACAAGAUGGUCUUCCAGUGGUGGGGCUCCGCAGUCCAGGGCGAUCUUGCCUCCUCGCCCGACUUUAUUCACGUCGCGGCGCUGACGGCCUGUGGGAUCUGGGACGACGAGCAGCGCAGGUUAGCGGCAAAGAACAAGGGCGAGGAGUCAUGAAAUAUGAAGGAGCGAUCCACCGAGGAGGAAACGGUGUUCGGCAUAUGAGUUGGGGUAUGAGUUGGGGUUUUUCUUUUUCAGAUAAUACUGGAGAGUUGUAACACCACACGGGCGCGCAGUUGAGAGGGCUUUGUUGUUCCCGG